AUGGAUCAGUACCGAGCCUUCGAGGUGACUUACAGCUGGCAUGAGAAUGGCAUACAGACAAGCAGUGACAUCCGAACCGACCAUUUCAUUCCUGCUUUUGAAAUCAUUAAAGGAAGCAUUGUGCAUGACAAUGCCUCCUUCUCCUCGGUGAGAGUCGACAUCAUCUUAUCUCGAAAGGCCACGUACCACCUCAUGAACACGUACAUCCCCUCGAGUCUGUUCGUGUUCGUGUCUUGGCUCACCUUCCUGAUUCCUCCUGAACACCUGCCGGGGCGGACGGUCCUCACCAUCACCACGCUGCUCACUAUCGUCUCCAUGUUCAAUACAGUGCGGCAAGAGAGUCCCAAGGUCUCCUAUGCCAAAGCCAUCGACCAGUGGAUGAUGUUCUGCAUUGUACUCGUGUUUGCUGUGCUGGUCGAGUACACGUACGUCGUGCAUCUGCAUUUCAGGGCGGAGCAACUGAGGCUGGUGUCGGUGGAGCCCAAACGUGAUGCAAGACAAGCAAGAGGCAACAGUUCCCAAGCAAAGUCUCCACGCCCCGAACUUUACACCAAGUGGAAAGUCAGAUUGGAAACUCAGUCUCCUCGUGUCCUCAUCGUUAUAUUCAUUAUUUUCAACAUUAUCUACUGGUCUUACUGGUUGUCCUACAGCGUCAAAGGCCAUGAGUGAAUUUCAAGAGUACUGUGCAAGGAAUUUUACCAUUUUGAUACAUUUUAGUGCUAUAUUUAUUAUCUGAGGUCCUGAUUACUUUCUAAAUUUUCUCCUGAAUCUGAAAAGAAAUACAGUACUUAAAACUAAUACUAAAAGCUAAAACUUUAUAGAAAAUAUCAUCUGAAAAAACUACAGCAUAUUUCCCAACUGGACAAGUAACAACUCUAUUUCCAAGCAGCUUUAUGUGAGUUUACAACAAUGGCUACUAACUCUGCAGUAUGAUAGUGUAUGAAACUUAUUAAUGAUUCACAGUGAAUCAAUUGCAACAUAAAAUAUGUUAAUGAAAGGUUUAGUGUAUCUGCUCUAUUUUUUGUGAUAGUGAAAAAAUAGACGUCUACUGCCAAAAUGGAUUUUUUUUUAUAUGGGACCAACCCACAACUUAUAUAUAUUAAGAUAAAUGUGGUUUCGAGGGACACAAUUUUGAAUGCAUUAUGUUAUUAAUGUGUGAUAUUAAAAUAAACUAUUUUAAAUGUA